CUCUGCCCUCGCCUCCCACCGUCCCAGUUGACCGGCGCUGCCUGCCUCUGCCACUGCUGAGAUGUGGUGCUUGGUAUUCCAUGCAGAAGCCUCCCACGCCCUUGUCCGCCCACGCCAGGAUUUGCGUCACGCAGGCGCGUGGGAGUGAGCACUGUAGCAACCGCGGAAUAUCCCAAUUUCAAUCGCCGGGGAGGAGGGGGUAGGGUAGCAAGCAGGCAGCUCACACUCAUCUAGUCUAGAGACGUUCAACACAAUCUUAUGUCUAUUCAAGGAGGCGAAGGAGGGAAGGUGAACGUUGUCAAAGAACGCGAGGACUUUUGAGGCCAGAGAGCGCGCUUAUUAGGAAAUUAGAGAUCUACCGAUAAUUGUACAGUUUAUUCAGUUACAGUUUAUGGCAGUUCAGCCUAUACUGUAGCUGAUAGAUUGUAACAACUAGAUAAAGGAAACGAAAGGGGACUAACGUUCACCAGGCAUGGCGGCGGCGUUGCCCAGAACUCUGGGGGAGCUGCAGCUCUACCGAAUCCUCCAGAGGGCCAACCUGCUGUACUACUACGAGGCCUUCAUCCAGCAGGGAGGAGAUGACGUGCAGCAGCUCUGUGAGGCCGGGGAGGAGGAGUUCCUAGAGAUUAUGGCUCUGGUGGGCAUGGCCAGCAAGCCCCUGCACGUCCGGAGGCUCCAGAAAUCCCUGCGAGACUGGGUCACCAAUCCAACGUUGUUUAAUCAGCCCCUGACAUCUGUGCCGGUGUGUAGUAUACCAGUCUAUAAGUUACCCGAGGGGUCACCCACGCCAGUCAGCGCGGAGCGAGGGGGCAACAACAGCGCCCGUGGUGAGACCCAUGUCAAGGUUCCCAAAAUCCUAGCUGCGACAUGUCUGGAUCCAGGAAAGCUGGAAGUGGCCAGGGACAGAGUGUCAGGGGGGUCUCCACUGCAGAGCGGCAGCGAGGGGCGCUUCUGGUCGGGUCACAGCAACGACAGCGAACAGAGCCUCUCUCCGUCCGACCGGGGGUCUCCGUCGUCCCCCCGAGAGGGUCUGGAGGCACUUGACGCUGCAGCUUUGCAGUCUGUCCUGGAGUGUGUGGACCGGAUAACCCCGGCCCUUACCAAGAGCGAUCCGGCGGAGGUCAAAGAGCAACUGAAGACAAAUAAGAAACUUGCUAAGAUGAUUAGCCACAUCUUUGAUAUGAGUGAUGACGAUCCAAGGAGAGAGGAGGAGAUCAGGAAAUAUAGCGCCAUCUAUGGACGCUUCGACUCGAAGAGGAGGGAUGGCAAACAACUGACGCUUCAUGAGCUGACAGUGAACGAAGCAGCAGCCCAGCUGUGUAUGAGAGACAUGGUACUACUGACCCGUAGAGACGAGCUGUUUGGCCUGGCCAGGCAGAUCUCCAGAGAGGUCACCUACAAAUACACCUACAGGACCAGCAAGUCUCGCUGCGGCGACAGAGACGAGCCGUCUCCUAAAAGGAUAAAGACAGAGGAGAACCUCUUUGACAUCCAGGAGGCUCUGCAGGCCAUCCACAUGAGACAGGGCAUACUGAGGGAACAGCUAGCCUGCGCCAAGUCCAAAGGAGAGGAGAUAGUUGGGAGAAACCUUCAGGUGCAGUUGGACCGUCUGUUAGCCAGACAGAUGGAGAUCCUCCAUGAUGCAGCGGUACAGGAGAGGUUACACGCUCUGGACUGGAGGAUACCUGCAGGGGCUUUGAAGUACCUCAGUGAGGCUCCAGGCACCAACGGCACGUCGGUAGACAAAAGCACAGAGCACCAAGGCGAGCGACCAAUGAACUUGCGGGUGGCCAGUAAGAGUGUGGCGGAGGGGGAGCUUCCCCUGGGGAAGCAGCUAGCCAAUGAGCUCAAACGAUACCAUAACAACCAUAUCACAGAUGAGGCCAAAGCACCAGCAACAGAAAAUGGAUCCUCGCAUCAAGCGGCCAACCACACUGACAGGAAGACCAUCAAAUCAGAACCAGAGGAUUCCACAUAGUGCCUCCCAUCCUUCGUCUGUUUCCCCAUCCG